AUGGCUAACAUAAAACCACUAGGAAACCGGGUCCUCGUCAAAAGACUGGACGCAGAAGAAAUCAGCACCGGAGGCAUCGUCCUUCCAGACAGCGCCCAGGAAAAACCACAGGAAGCGGAAAUCGUUUCCCUUGGCACCGGCGGCAAAGACGAAAACGGUAACGACAUCUCAUUCGAUGUUGCUGUCGGCGACAAAGUCCUUAUCUCCAAAUACGGAGGAACCGACGUCAAAAUCGAUGGCCAAGACCUCCUCAUUCUUUCCCAGUCCGACAUCCUCGCCCGCCAAGGACUUCUCCGCGGUGUCGAGCAACUCGCUCGCGCUGUUAAAGCAACCCUCGGACCCGCAGGACGCAACGUCAUCCUCGACAAAAAAUUCGGCUCACCCACCGUCACCAAAGACGGUGUUUCCGUUGCCAAAGAAAUCGAACUCUCCUGCCCCUACGAGAACAUGGGAGCCCAACUCAUCAAAGAAGUCUCCUCUAAGACCUCUGACAUCGCGGGCGACGGCACCACCACUGCCACCGUCCUCGCUGAAGCCAUCUACAAAGAAGGUCUCCGCAACGUCACCGCUGGCGCUAACCCCAUCAGCCUCCAGCGCGGUAUCCUCAAAGCUGCCGAAGCCGUCGUCGCAAAACUUCACGACAUCUCCAAAGAAGUCUCCGACAGCAAAGAAAUCGCGCAAGUCGCUACCGUCUCCGCCAACUGGGACCAAGAAAUCGGCAACAUCAUCGCCGAAGCCAUGGACAAAGUCGGUAAAGACGGAACCAUCACCGUCGAAGAAGCAAAAGGAAUCGAAACCACCCUCGACGUCGUCGAAGGCAUGCAGUUCGACAAAGGCUACCUCAGCCCCUACUUCGUCACCGAUGCAGACAGCAUGGAAUGCAACCUAGAGAACGCCUACAUCCUCAUCCACGAGAAAAAGGUCUCCAACCUCAAGGACAUGCUUCCCCUCCUAGAAAAAGUCGCCAAAACUGGCCGCCCACUUCUCAUCAUUGCUGAAGACGUCGAAGGCGAAGCCCUCGCCACCCUCGUCGUCAACAAACUCCGUGGCACCCUCAACAUCGCCGCCGUCAAAGCUCCCGGCUUUGGCGAUCGCCGCAAAGCCAUGCUCGAAGACAUCGCCAUCCUCACCGGUGGCCGUACCAUCACCGAAGACCUCGGCAUCAAACUCGAAAACGUUGACCUUGACGACCUCGGAGAAGCCAAACGCGUCUCCAUCAGCAAAGAAGACACCACCAUCGUCGAAGGCAAUGGUGGCAGUGACGCCAUUUCUGGCCGGGUCAACCAGAUCCGCAAACAAAUCGAAGACACCACCUCCGACUACGACCGCGAAAAACUCCAAGAACGCCUUGCCAAACUCGCUGGCGGAGUCGCCGUCAUCAACGUCGGAGCAGCCACCGAGACCGAGAUGAAAGAGAAAAAAGCCCGAGUCGAAGACGCCCUCCACGCUACCCGCGCCGCUGUCGAAGAAGGCAUCGUCCCCGGAGGAGGCACCGCCCUCAUCCGUGCCCACGCUCAGAUUGGCGACCUCAGCCUCCAAGGCGACGAAGCCACCGGAGCAGAAAUCGUCACCCGAGCCAUCGAAGCACCCCUUCGCCAACUCGCUGCCAACGCCGGCCUCGAAGGCGCCCUCAUCGUUGAAAAAGUCCGCCUUGCCUCCGGCAACGAAGGAUACAACGUCGCCACGGGUGAAUACGUUGACCUCAUCGAAUCUGGAGUGGUUGACCCCACCAAAGUCACCCGCUCCGCCCUCCAGAACGCCGCUUCCAUCUCUGGCCUCAUGCUCACCACCGAAGCCCUCAUCACCGACCUUCCUGAAAAGGAAGAAGCCGCUGAUCACGGUCACGACCACGGUGGUAUGGGAGGCAUGGGCGGCAUGAUGUAA